GAGGUCCUAAUCUAGCGAAGCAGCUGGGAGCCCUGGACCACGUGACUGUGGGGAUGUUACAGAGCAGCCAUCAUCAUUUCACCCAAUUCAUGUCCAGCCUGAAACGUUAACAUCUCCUGUGCAAAGGAAACACACCGACAACAUGGAGUGUGUGAGGCAGCGGUGAGGGUGACGUGUUUCCUCGGUGUCGUCAGUCCGUUCGUCCGCUGUGCUGCAGUUUGACCGACUCUAACAGGUAAACCUAAUACAACAUCCAGGCUGACGUUGGCCGUCUGCUACUGGACACAGAGGAGCACAGACCUGUUUCUUAGGUUGAAUGAGGGCAGUGGUGGAAAGGAUCUGAGGCUGAUUACUCCCCCCCAUAGGUCUGUGAGGAGGGGGGAGGUGGAGGAGAAAGGAGACACGAUAAUUAUCCUGAGCAUGGGGCAAAAAGUCCCUGGUGGAAUCAAAACUAUUGAUAUGCGGGAUCCGGCGUUCAGUCCCCUGAACCUGGAGCUACAGGCCCUGAAUCAAACCAAGCCCUCUCGACUGGACCUUCUUCUGGACAUGCCACCUGCCGGCAUGGAUGUCCAGGUCCAGCACUCGUGGAACAAUGACGACCGCUCCCUCAACAUCUUCGUCAAAGACGACAACAAACUGGUGUUUCACCGACACCCCGUGGCACAGAGCACGGACGCCAUACGGGGCCGCAUCGGGUACACCAGGGGUUUACACGUGUGGGAGAUAAGCUGGGCCAUGCGCCAGCGCGGCACCCAUGCCGUGGUUGGAGUAGCUACAAGUGAAGCCCCGCUGCACUCGGUGGGCUACACAGCGUUGGUUGGAAGCAACGUUGAAUCCUGGGGCUGGGACUUGUGCCGUAGUAAACUCUACCAUGAUGGCAAGAACAACCCAGGAAAAGCUUACCCAGACUUCCUGGAACCGGACGACACCUUCAUCAUUCCAGACUCCAUCAUGGUGGUCCUGGACAUGGAUGAGGGGACUCUGGGUUACAUAGUUGACGGACAUUAUCUAGGCGUGGCGUUCAGGGGACUAAAGGGCCGGAAACUGUACCCGGUGGUGAGCGCCGUGUGGGGACACUGUGAAAUACGAAUCCGGUACAUUAACAGUCUUGAUCCUGAGCCCCUCUCUCUGAUGGACCUCUGUAGGCGUUCAGUGAGGGUGGCUUUAGGAAGAGAGCGACUGAAUGAAAUCCACAGACUACCACUGCCAGCUUCUCUCAAGAACUACCUGCUCUACCAAUGACGGCGCCGGAACUGUCACAGCACACGCCUCACACGCCCUCUCUUCCCUUUCUCAAGUUUCUCUGGGAUCCUUUGUGGGGUGAAACCCGUUUGGCAGCAUUGCUGACAUCUCCAGGACUGACUCAACAAGAAUGCUUCUGUGUGUGGGCGGCUGGACUCUUUGACUGAGGUUCAAAGCCCAUUUUUAAGGAGUCUCUGCUAAUGUAUUAUCUAACUAAAUAAAUCAGGAAUAACUGAAGCACUAUGCACACAUGCUGAUCCAGACGAUGCCAUGACAGUCACCAUAUUGGUGUACCAACCUGCAGGUUUUAAAGUCCAUGUGGCAUAUGUAAUCAGUACCUCUGCUGCAACAACCUCCAGCUUUAUGAUUACCGACUCCUGUCUUGUAGCUUUUUUAAAUUUAAACGUGAUUGUGCAAAGACAAAAAGAUAAUGUCAUGAACUUGGUGCUGAGGUGCACUUCUGGUGUACCACCACACGAUGGCAUCAAGUACACAUGUCGGAACAAUUGAGCUUAUAACACAAGAUCCUAAUUGUUUUUUUUUAAUUGUGAUUUUAAAGUAGAUGUUAAAUUGAGACUUCACACAGCACAUAAAUGAGAAGCUGAUCAUUCCGUAGUGAUUGUACUGCAGUGUGGAACAAUUCACUGUAAAGAAGCUGAAGAGCAGCACUGACCACCGGGUCAGUCAUAUGGAAACAACAGCUGAAGAAAAUGUAUGGGAAGAAUUUUGUCACUGUGAUGAUUUUGUAGCAUGCAUCAGCGGGAUUGUUUUGUCUGUGCGAUCUGUGUUUUUAAUCCCCCGUGUCCCUCCUGCUUUUUGUAAUUUUGUCAUUUUAGCCCACGUGUGGUCGAAGCCCAGGACAGCUGUUUUUAUUCAGUAGAAAAAUGUCACCAGGUUUUACAUUUGAACCCAGAGAAUGGAAACCAACCAGUACAACAGCCUCUGUUGUGUAAUUAUUGAAGUGACAAACAGCUGCUACUCUUGGGUCUCACACGAGCGCAUAUCUGAGAGCAGUGGGUGUCGUGUCCGUGUUUUCAAGGGGAGUGGAGUGGAGAGGUGAGGCAGAUUAGUCACGAUCAGUGUUGUGCCUGAAUCGGCAAACUCAUUACAAGAAAGACAAUCCACAAAGUGCUGCACAAACUGACAAGUCCGAUUGCCAACUUAUUGUCUAUGCCAUAUCAUACACCUGUUGACUAAAGAGUUUUUAGAUGUGCAGAUGUACACACUCUGCACACGGCUGGGCGUGCACACACUGUGCCACCUCUUCUUGCUUGCAUAUUCCAUUUUAUUUGUAUUCCUUGCUGUAGAUUUGUUUGUAAGUAUCUAUUAAAGAUUAUUUCAAAUUAUAAAACCUAA